CAAAUUGAUAGGAGGAAAAUCUUUAUUUUUAUAAUCAGUUUAAUUAACACCUCCGUGUUUGAUUUCCGAACCAUUUCUCACAUGCGAGUUUACACUUGCUUGUGGUGCUAGAACAACUCGAGUGAAGCAUUUUGGGUUACCCCGAAAGCAUUUAUAAUUAAUUUAUAACUAUAUCCCGUGCGCUCAUUGAUCCAAAGGCUAGUGAAAAGUGCAGUGUACGGUUUUGUCUGUUUGAAAGAUGAUAACGAUUGAUAAGAUUAAAGAAAAAUAUCCGAUCCAUUGGUUCGUCUGGAACAACGAUUUUUGCGAGCUGCAGCAAGCGAUCGAGUCAAAUGGGCAUAACUUGGAACAGCUGGAUUCACGAGGCCGAACACCGCUUAUGCUGGCGGUCAAACUGUGUCACUUAGAGUGCGUGAAAGCACUUCUAGCCGCCAGAUGUGACGCUAAUUUUGAAUGCGAUGGAUGGUCUGUUGUGCAAGAGGCAGUCUGCUCUGGGGAUGCUAGCAUUCUCACUGCGAUCUUGGAGGUACGCGACUUGCAACGUCACAUCAAACGGGUUUCCCAUGUUCCGCAGCUUCUGCAGCACCUGCAGGACACUCCGGAUUUUUAUGUUGAGAUGAAGUGGGAAUUCACCAGCUGGGUUCCACUGAUGUCACGGGUGUGUCCUAGCGAUACGUAUAAAGUCUUCAAGAGGGGUUCGAAUGUGCGGAUCGACACUACCCUACUCGGAUUCGAUAACAAUAGUUGGCAAAGGGGUAAUCGAAGCUAUAUUUUUAAGGGACAGGCCGAAACGGCGACUAUGAUCGAAAUAGAUCACGAUACUGGCGAAGUCUCAGUGGAACACAUGCGCAAUAUAGAGGCGGAGGAAAUCGUGGGCAUUGCGCCUUCAAAAGAAUCCGUAUCCUUGCGGCUACAAGCGCCGGUCAUUUGUAACCACAUCGAUAUGGACAAGAUUAGUUUUGAACGGAACAAGUCCGGAUUCUGGGGAUGGCGCAGCGAGAAAGUAGAGAACGUUAAUGGCUACGAGUGCAAAGUUUACGGUGCUAGUAACGUAGAAUUCAUAACUCGCACUCGUAAUGAGCAUUUGAGUGAAGAACAAGCAAGAAUUCGGAGCUCGCGGACUCCGUUGCAACAUUUCCUAGGCAUGGCAGAGGAGGAUUACGAUCAUGGUGGUUCAAAUGCGACUAACAACCCUCAAAGUGCACUUAAAGAUACUAGUUCCUCACCAUUGUUGGGUCAGGUGGAAGAUAGCAGUCCACUGGAAGGUGCUACCUCAUCAAAUUUAACAUCGGAAGUUCUUACCAGCGCUCCCAGCGCAGAGGAAUAUUUUUCCGACAUUGAUCUUCAGGGAAGAGAUGUUGGUAAACCAAAGAGAGUUUCUGCCAAAGUGCAACGCUUCAAAGCAAACCUGUGGCUAAGCGAAGAAUUUCCAAUUAAACUACAGGAACAGGUUUUACCAAUUUUAGAUCUCAUGUCUACUAUGGCUAGUCCACACGUGUCCAAAUUGAAAGAUUUCAUCACUAUGCAACUUCCCUCCGGGUUUCCCGUCAGAAUAGAAAUCCCACUCUUCCAUGUGCUGAACGCAGUAGUUACGUUUGGGAAUGUGUUCGCCAUUGAUACAUCGGUGACCAAUGUUAGUCACAUCAAAGAGUCAGACGACCGGACGACCUGCAUUAUCGACGACUGCUGUUUCGACGUUCCUGCUGAGUAUGUUCGACGAGGCAGCGACUAUCGGCGGCAGAUUACUUUUGAAGACGAAGAUGAACUUAUGCAGUUUGCCAUCCAGCAGAGCCUGAUCGAGUCUGGCAGCGAAAACGACGAAGUCGACAUCUGGGAGGCUCUUAAAGCACAGCGUCCACUGACACCGAAUUUCUACGAGGAUGAGCAAUUGCAAAGAGCUUUGCAAGAAUCACUGAUCACUGGAUUUCAAAGUGGAAAUGCAGCUGCUACUACGGUCAGCGGAGAGCGGGAGCAGCAGGACGUCAACGGUACCGUCGCCGCUCCUGGCAGGAUGCUCGGCAGCGACGAAGUGGACAGUAUUCCCGACUAUCUGGAUCCAAAUUUGGAGCUGGCCAUCAAGCUCAGCCAGGAGGAAGAAAAACGGCGCGAAGAGGAACGUAAACGGGAAGAGGAAAUGCUGGCCGAGGUACUGCGGCUCAGCUUAGAAGAUAAGUAGUUAAGAUCUAGCUUUCGUUUGCACAGGUUGUUCCAAUCUGUACACAUGCACACACACACACAGUGAAAUCAAAAAGAUUUUGUGUUUGACAGAAAUCGCGAAUAUAGAAUAUUCGAAGACUAAUAUUUGUGGGUGAAUUAAAAAAAGAAGUACGAAACAUAUUUAUUAGCACUAGCCACUUUUCGUAAUAUUUAUACAGCAGUGAUCUAACUAAUUUUUAUAUGUACUGUGCUUAGACUUAGUCGUAUAGUAAGAGCUUUAUCUUGCUUAUUGACGACAUUAAAUUUGUAUAAAUUAUUUGCCUUUAUUUUUUUCAAAGCAUUUUAUUCCACAUACCUACCACAUUGCAUGACUUCUCACAAUUUAUAAGCGUUUCUUU